AUGUCUACAGCACAUGGUGCUCUAUCUGCUCUGCUGCUCUGGCUGCAUCUUGCCAGUAUCAUUCUUCUUCACUCCCAUAGUCAAAGAAAGCUUUCUCCACUUCCUGUUGGAGUAGCAUAUAAGGACUCAUGUCCAUUGUUGGAGAAAGUGCUUCAGACCCUUGAAGCCACCCUAGAGGCAUCAAGAGAGUCUCUGGCAUGGUGUCUAAUGCCAGGCUCAGAGGAUGCAGUUGAGGGGGUUGCCCUCAUCAUAUGGAUAUUGCUGGGGACAUCUGGAUGCUUGACUCAUUGGACUAGCAUGUUGGUUCUUGGCCUUCAAAAUUCUGCAACCCAAGGGUUGCUAGGGUCUCUGAUAAUUGCCAUCAGGGGUCAGAGACUGUCAGGCAGAGAGAGGGAUGUCAUGAAGGGGGAGUGUCUGAUGGCCCAGAUGGUGAUUGAUUGGCAUCCACAGCACAGCUGUAUGAUCACCAAUAAUCCUAACAAAGUUUCAAUGAUAGAAGUGAGAAGUUUGAAGAACUCAUGGGUGAAGUUCAGAUCAGCAGGGUUGAUGGCAGAGGGUAUCUGGUUUCUCAGCACAAUUGAGCUUGAGAAAGAGAAGCUAGAAGCUUCAAACCAAUUGUUAAGCCCAAAUGACACAUGA